AUGAGCUGCCAGAUCUUGCUGCUCCUGGCCAUGACGACCCUGAGCCUGGCUACCUCCCAACGUCGUGAGAGAGUACCCUGUAGGAUGGUGGACAAACAAGUCUUGUGCCAGGGUCUUGGCCUGCCCCAGGUCCCCUCAGAGCUCCCGCUGAACACCGAAGUCCUCAAUCUGUCUAGAAACCAGCUGCGGAGCAUCUUGGUCUCACCCUUGGGCUUCUGCACAGCACUUCGUCAUCUGGAUCUGAGUCACAACGAGAUCAACUUCCUGCAGCCAGGUGUCUUCCAGGACCUGCCUCACCUAGAGCACCUCAACCUGGCCCACAACCGCCUAGCAGCCAGCACCGGCCUGAGUCCCCUGCCUCACGUGACCUCCUUGGACCUGUCUGCGAACAGCCUGUACAAUGGGCUGGUGGAGCGGCUGCUGAGGGAGGCGCCCGCCCUGCGCGCCCUCUCGCUGGCAGAGAACAGCAUGACUCGCCUCACCCACCACACCUUCCUGGGCAUGCCUGCCCUCGAGCGUCUGGACCUGCACAGCAACGUGCUGAUGGACAUCGAGGAGGGCACGUUCGAGGCCCUGCCCCGGCUGGCCCACCUCAACCUCUCCAGGAAUUCUCUGACCUGCAUCUCCGACUUCAGCCUGCAGCAGUUGCAGGUGCUGGACCUGAGCUGCAACAGCAUUGAGACCUUCCAGAUGGCCCCAGAGCUGCACACUGAGUACCAGCUUGCCUGGCUGGAUCUGCGGGAGAACAAACUGCUGCAUUUCCCAGACCUGGCUGCCCUCCCCAAACUCACCUACCUGAACAUGUCCAACAACCUCCUCAGGCUCCCCACGGGAACUUCCCAGGGCACCCAGGGGGUGCUCAGUCCCUCUGAGGGGUGGUCUGCUCUGCCCCUUUCUAACCCCAGCUGGAAUGCCAGCACCCACCCCCUUUCCCAGCUUCUGAACCUGGAUCUGAGCUACAAUGAGAUAGAGUUGAUCCCUGAGGGCUUUCUGGAGCCCUUGACCUCCUUGCGCUUCCUGAACCUCAGUCGGAACUGCCUGCGGACCUUUGAAGCCCGGCAUGUGGGCACCCUGCCCUGCCUGGCACUCUUGGACCUAAGCCACAAUGCCCUGGAGUCCCUGGAACUAGGCACCCGAGCCCUAGGGGCCCUGAGGACACUGUUCCUGCAGGGUAAUGCCCUUUGGAACCUGCCCCCUUACACCUUUGCCGGCCUGGUGAGUUUGCAGAGACUCAACCUGCAAGGCAAUGGAAUCCAUCCAUGUGGGGGGCCAGGGACGCCUGCAUUGCCCAGCUGUGUGGCUUUCUCUGGCUUGUCCUCCCUCCACAUUCUUAAUCUAGCAGACAAUGAGAUAGAGAGGCUCCAGGCAGGUGCCUUCCUCCACACACCACUCACAGAGCUGGACCUUUCUUCCAACCCUGGGCUGGAUGUGGCUGCAGGGGCCUUGGCUGGCUUGGAGGUGUCAUUGGAGGUCCUGGAGCUACAGGGCAAUGGGCUGACUGUCCUGCAGGUAGACCUGCCCUGCUUCACCUGCCUCAAGCAGCUCAAUCUUGCUGAGAACCACCUCAGCCACUUGCCUGCCUGGACCCAGGCUGUGUCCUUGGAGGUGCUGGACCUGAGGAACAACAGCUUCAGCCUCCUGCCAGGCAGCGCCAUGGGUGGACUUGAGACCAGCCUCCGGCGCCUCUACCUUCAGGGCAAUCCGCUCAGCUGCUGCGGCAACGGCUGGCUGGCAGCCCAGUUACACCAAGGCCGCGUGGAUGUGGACGCCACCCAGGACCUGAUAUGCCGCUUUGGCUCCCAGGAAGAGGUGUCCCUGAGCCACGUUCGUCCUGAGGACUGUGAGAAGAGGGAGCUCAAAAAUGUCAACCUCAUCAUCAUCCUCACCUUCGUGCUGGUGGCUAUCAUCAUCUUCACCACACUGGUCACCUGUUGCUUUGUCCGCCGGCAGAAGUUUAACACGCAGUACAAAGCCUAG